CUCGCGCUCACACACGCACCGGAAACCCUCUGACGUCAUCACUGUCUCAAAGAUGGCGGCGUUGGUCGCGCCCCGCCUGGCCAUGUUUGGCUCCUUUUCCACAAGGCCCCUGUCCGCCCUCAUAGUUCAUCAGAAGAGUUUGCACAGUCAUGUCAAGACCGAGAGCACAUCCACCAGUGUGGUUCCAGUACGAGAGAAGAGCAUGGCGGUGGCUGCUGCCAAGCCCUCAGCGGUCAGCAGCAAAGGAGAGUACGUCAUCACUAAACUGGACGACCUGGUCAACUGGGCCCGUAGGAGCUCCCUAUGGCCCAUGACGUUUGGGCUCGCCUGCUGUGCUGUGGAGAUGAUGCACAUGGCUGCUCCUCGCUAUGACAUGGACCGCUUCGGAGUGGUGUUCAGAGCCAGCCCGCGACAGGCUGACGUCAUGAUCGUAGCUGGGACACUCACAAACAAGAUGGCCCCUGCUCUCCGCAAGGUAUACGACCAGAUGCCCGAGCCACGCUACGUCAUCUCUAUGGGCAGCUGUGCCAAUGGAGGAGGCUACUACCACUACUCGUAUUCUGUAGUCAGGGGAUGUGAUCGAAUCGUACCAGUCGACAUUUAUGUUCCAGGGUGUCCCCCCACAGCUGAAGCACUUCUCUACGGGACGCUACAGCUCCAGAAGAAAAUCAAGCGAGAGAAAAAGAUGCGGAUCUGGUAUCGGAAGUGAUUGUGUCUAUAUAUGUAUGUGUGUACAUUCUGUGUAAAUUUAUUCUACUUUAUUUUGGGCUUUCAUGUUCAGAGCAACAACACUCAGCUUCAAUAAAGCCUCUAUUGU